CACGAAUGUUGCGGGGACGCUCGAGUUUUCCUUUCCAAUACCAAGAUGUCUAAAAGAGGACGUGGUGGAUCGGCUGGAGCCAAGUUCAGGAUAUCCUUGGGUCUACCAGUCGGUGCGGUUAUCAAUUGCGCUGAUAACACUGGUGCCAAGAAUCUGUAUGUCAUUGCAGUGCAAGGAAUUAAGGGCCGGUUGAACCGUCUGCCAGCAGCGGGAUCCGGCGAUAUGAUUGUUGCCACCGUGAAGAAGGGAAAGCCUGAACUUAGGAAAAAGGUGAUGCCCGCGGUGGUUAUACGGCAACGGAAACCAUUUCGAAGGAAGGAUGGGACGUUUAUAUAUUUCGAGGACAAUGCCGGUGUGAUUGUUAACAACAAGGGUGAAAUGAAAGGAUCAGCUAUUACGGGACCUGUUGCGAAGGAAUGCGCAGAUUUGUGGCCAAGGAUUGCAUCUAAUGCCAGCAGUAUCGCGUAAUUCACAUCCUGUAUAAAUUACUGUCCUUUACAAUAAAUCCGAAAAUAAGUAGUA